AUGACUGGUGUUGAUCUAUCAAAGGCCUUGGAAUCAUUUCAUUGGGCUACACCAGUAUCGAGUCUUUCAAAUCUCAUAUUGCUUCGAUUAUCUAACUGCAACAUUUCAGGAAGAAUUCCGAUAGGGCAAUUACUUAACUUUACUAACCUUUCUGUUCUAGAUACGAGCUCUAACAUUCUAACAUCCACGAUCCCUGAUAUUUUAUCGAACCUCACAACCCUCUCAGCUCUUGAUUUUAGUGUCAACAAUUUAGACGGUCAUAUCCCUUACCUUCCUCAACUCGAACAACUUUAUGUUUCUAGCAAUCCUGCUAUGACCAUAAAUCUUGUUUCGAUGUUUUCAGCCUCGGGGUCAAAGUUGAAGUUUCUCGACGUAAGUUUCUCUCAUGUAGGCGGAACGCUUCCUCCUUCUUUAAGCAACUCAACUUCGCUAACUUUUUUCCAGGCUGAUGGAUGCUCGAUCCAAGGGUCUAUACCUUCUUCAGUUACAAAACUUAAGAAAUUACGUAUCUUGGUGCUCAAUGACAACAACAUCACAGGACAGCUUCCUGUAUCCAUGUCCAGUUUGAUAAGCCUUCAAUACUUAUCUCUGAUCCAGAAUGGUUUACGAGGGUAUAUUCCUACUUCGAUUUGUCAAAUCCUCUCACUGGAUUACCUGAAUGUACAAUGGAACGAGCUAACAGGAAGCGUUCCCUCGUGCAUACUUCAGCUUCCUAAGCUUUCGUAUCUUUCUGUUCAGAAUAAUAACCUGAAUGGUAAUAUGCCACUGUCUUUGAUCCAGAAGUCUAAAUUGGGUAUGCUUUCUUUUGGAAUUAACGGAUUGUCGGUGGAAAACGAUGUCAGCAUCAACCCAUUCUGCAAACUUUCCAGCCCACGCUUUUGGAAUUUACAUCUUGCAAAAUGA